UUGAUUGAAGUCAAUCGUGAAGGUAGUGAAGUAUCCUUUCCAAAAAAUGUUGUAUGAAGAUUUCGAGGAUGUUCGGAAGAAAAAUUUAGAGCGGAUGAAAAUAGUUCGCAGGAUAACUUUUACGUGUGGAAUAAAUAUUUCGGAACCAAGUUUUGGAAAACGUUUUUUAGUUAUACAGGCGUAUGCGGUCAUAAUUUUCUCCAUACUAUCCAUGUAUGGUAGCAUUGGAUACAUUGUGAAACACUUUUCUAGUGUUUUCAUGAUAAGCCAGAGUUUGUGUACAUGUUUACAAACACUCAUUUCAGUAAUAAAACUGUUUCUGUGGGUAUUCAUGGAGAAGCGUUUUUACAAGCUGGUGAAGGCGGCAGUUGAUUGUGAACUUUUCAAUGAAGUUAAAAUGCUCGAUAAAAAUGUGAAAUUAACAAAAAAUCUGAGAGAUAAAACUAAGGAAAUAAUUGAAGAGUGCUGGAAGAGUGCUCAGUUUCAAGUGCGAUAUUAUGUGAUCGCUUGUACGGCUGUUAUCAGUUUCUAUUUUAUAAAUGCCCUUACUGUUAACACAUAUCAUACCAUAAAGGGUCACACUAAUCAUACAAAAUUGUUUGCAUUUGCAACUUAUUAUCCUGGCUGGGAGCAAGCAAGACAGCACCUCCCCUUCUAUGCUUUCUUUACAAUAGUAGAAGGAUACGCCGAUUUCGCUGCAGGAAUGGUUGCAGCCACUUUCGACGGUUACUACGUUUACUUAACUCUUCAUGCGGUUGCAUUGUUUAAGACCUUGAAAGAGAUGAUUACAUUUUCAAGUUCGAAUAAAGUUUCAACAGAAGACAAGAUUCCAUAUAUCCGAGAAUGUGUAUAUCACUACAAUAGGUGUAUAAGGUUCUGUGAUGAAUUGAAUGAUAUGUAUGCAAUUGUAAAUCUCUCCCAAUUAAUGAUAAGCCUCGUUGUACUUGGGGUUGUAUUAUUUCAAGCAAGUGUUGGUUUGGAAAAUGACUCAAAAACUUUCAUCAGGAUGGUAUUAUACAUAUCAGCUGCGGGUUAUGAGCUAGUCAUUUAUUGCUUCGAUGGACAGAAACUUACAACAGAGACUGAAACUAUAUCAGACACGUUUUACUCUAGUAAUUGGUAUGAUGAAUCGAGAGAAUUCAAAACAAUAAUUUACAUGAUGUUAAUGAGGACCAGGAAACCCUAUUAUAUCUCAGCUUUAGGUUUCACCACAAUGUCUCUGCCGACUUUUCUGGGGAUUGCAAAAACUAGUGGUUCGUACUUUAUGCUUCUAAGGAAUGUUGCAUAAGUAUAGAAAUGGACACUCAAGAUCACACUCCACAUGGUGUGGCCAGCCAAUUAGUGGCUACUCAGUUUGUUUAUUGCACAGGUGCACUAUCUCAUUAGGAAUAUUUCGGAAUAAUUCCAAUAUGCUAAUAA